UUAUAUAUUCCUCUACCAAAUACUCACCCACCAAAAGAACCAAGAGAAGAAAGAAAGAAAGAAGGGAGAGAGAAAGAUUGAAGUUUUUUUUUUUAACUUCCUAUAAUCUCGAACCAAAAAAAUCUUUUACUUCCUAAAUCGUAACAAACUCAAUCUUUUUGGGCUUAUUUAUCUCUCUUUUAUUUAUUUUUUUAACAACAACAAUUUGAGGUAUGUUUUUUUUCCUUUCGUUUUUGAAAGAUUCUGCCUUUGUCCUUUAUAUCGCAUGCCCUCUUUCGUUUUCCAUGGCUUGAUUGCCUUCUUAUUUGAUAAUCGCAACUGGGUAUCUCUCUGUUUCCUUUUUCUAUUCUUCUCUGGGUUCAUCGAUUUGGGUGUUUUUCUUGGUUGAUUUCUUUUUUUGUGGGAAAUUCAGGUCAUCAAGAGAUUUAUCUGCACAUCCAGAUAACUGAUCAACUUAUCAGAAGAGGGAGGUACUGGUUUGCGGAGGCAGUUGGACUUCUGCGAGCUUAGAAUCCUCUCUCUCUAUUUAUUGAUGGAAAUGUAGUAAUUAUUCUUGGUUACUGAUUUUCGGGGGCUGUUUUCUCAAAGCGUGCAUAUAGCAGCAUCAAUGUUCUGGUGACAUCUGAGUUGAGUAGGGUGAAGGAUAAAGAGAGAGAAAUAUUGAAGCUUAAACAAUGGGUUCAGUUUGUAGCUGUUUUAACGUUAAUGACAUUGAAGAUUAUUUGAAUCCAAAUAGUCCUGUAUACAGGAACUGUAUGUGUUUUGGUUGUUUCAUACAGUACUUUUUGACUGUGUAUGCCUCAAUAUUCCGUAGAGGGGAAGUGCAUGCGGUUCCUUCAUCUAUACAGGGUGCAGCAUCUAUGACUUCUACAGCUUCACUUGAUAAUUCUCUAUCUGACACUUAUCGUUCUCCUCCAAGGCCGUUGCCUUAUGAUGCGGAUCCCAGGUUUUUCCGUUCACAGCGUGAUGGACUAGUGUCAAGACGUGAGAAGGGUUCAAGUCAUUUGAAUGAAGAGUCAGAACCUCUGAGAGAUGAUGGAGAAGCUGACUCAGAAUCUUUAAAUUUAGGUGGCAAAUGGAAUGAUACCAGUGAAGAUGGAGCAAAGGAAUACCGGAAGUCCACCGUGAGACUUUCAUCAGCAAAACUUACAACUGGAGAUGGGGUUAUCUAUUCAUCAUCGGAAGAGGAGGAAUGCUGUCCGACUUGUCUAGAAGGUAAUACAUUUUUAGCUCAAUUUUUCAUCACAAGAUCACAUGAUGCUGCGGCUCAAUUUUGCAUGAAAUAUUGGUUUGCAACGAAGUUAUCAGUCCUGGAUAGCAGACAGAAUGCUCAAUUUCAGAACUGCUACAGAAGUUAAAUAGUUUGUACUACACGUUAAGUAAUGCGAAAAAAAAAAUUAUUCUACGCAUGACUAGUUAGUCAGUAACCAUUAUCAUGUCAGAAGUUUUGGCUUGUUGGCUUUUCUUCUGUACAAUAAAUAGUAUCAACUUAUUUAUAGCUCUUAAUUGCAAAUCAGUGCUAAUCAUUAAAGUAAGGAAACAACAUUAAUAUAUAAUACUAUUCCUUAUAAUCACACGCAUAUAUUAGGAAAAAAGGGUGGCACGAUACAUCAGACUCACACUUAGAGGGUUUCAAAAGGGUAGAUGAGCCUAACUCAUCUGAGGCUAUUUCCAUAAUUUGUAUUUGUGAAGUCCACAGCUCUGUCACAUGGCUGCAAUCUUACCGCUAUACCAAGGAUCACCUCUAGAACUUGCUACCUCCAACCUCUCUGAAAAAAAUAAAAUAAAGAACACAUCAUGUGAUGCAAUCUCCCUUAGCUCAAGACAGAAAGAAUCAGUCAAAGAACGGCACAAGUGACCUUUCUGAAUUUGUGAGGACAUGAACAAAACAGAAAAAAUGAGGGUUGGCUGGAAAGACCGGGGAAACACUGUAUUGAGAAUUGAAACUUUUUCAGAUACUUAUGUUUGUCUCAAGUAUUUUUUUCUUGCAGAAUACACCGAAGAGAAUCCAAAGAUAGUGACAAAAUGCUCUCAUCAUUUUCACCUUGGUUGCAUAUAUGAGUGGAUGGAAAGAAGUGACAACUGUCCUGUUUGUGGGAAGGUAAUGUUUACUUGGUAUUUUCUGAAUGAUUUCUUUCUGAAUUUGCUCAGUUCAUCAGAGAUUAGAUCAUAGAACACAUAAAAACAGUAGUAUGGGAACCAGGUUGAACCAGUCAGUUCAACCAGAAACCUGAGAACUGACCAUGUUUAUCUGUCUAACUGAAAAAUUUAUGAUUUAGCUACCCAUUUGUCAUGUUGGACAGAGUAUGUGCUAUUAUGGCAAAAUGAAGAACAAAAUGAGACUCUCACCGAAAUAACCCUAUAUUUAUAUGAGAAUCACCCUUCAAGGCUCAAUACAUACGAUUCCCAUUUCACACUCCUCCCAUUAUAUUACAUUUUAUUUUCCAUCUCCUUCUAUACAUACGUUCACAAUGGGCAUAUCACGAGACUUGUAGGUACAGAUAAUAUUUCAGGAAAAAACUGAAACAUUUCAUGUUAUAGAGCGAAGGUAUAUUUUAAAAAAAGGUAUAGCAUUCAUUCUUUUAGAAUAAAUAACAUGUAUAUUUCCUUUUUAUUCCUCAAAAAGGUAGAGCAGCUUGAGCCUGAUGCUUUAUUUUAAUAACUUGGCUGUCUUAAACUUCCACCUAACUUGCAUUGAGGUUGUUUAUGUGCGAAAUGCUUCUUGUUUGUCAGUUUUCAUGUUUGUCUGUCCAUGCUUGAUUCUAAUACUAUAUGUAGACUUUGAGACAAUCAUUUACGAUGCUAUUAUUUCAAUAUUGAUUAAAUAUACCACAGUUAAAUAAGUAGAGUCGAGCAUGACUAUAAAGCUAGAACUUAGAUAAUAAUUUAUGUAUGUUUUGUGCAUUCUGGAUUGGAGGCUACUGAAUCAUGAUACUUAUUUAUAUUUUGAUGCAGGUGAUGGUAUUCGAUGAAACGACUUAAUCUCUUACAAAAGGUUUAUAUCGUGGAUGAUACCAAGAACAGAGGAAAGGGAAAAAAAAAUACAAGUACAGACAUUGUGAAUACUUCAGAUUAAGAUCUUAUCAUGUAUAGGAAGUAUAUAACUUAUAUGAUCCACCACUUUAAGUUCAAUAUCAUCCAAGUUGUUUCUUUUAUUUAUACAUUUGUCCCUUGUCAAAACAUGCGCUAUUACAAGAAAAUGCCAUUUUAGAUGGGAACUUUGUCAUGGUUUCAA